UUCAAUAUUUCUUUGAUUUUGGUUGGAAGAAAAUCGAAAGAGCAUGUUUCAUUUGAAACAUGCCUGAACGUGCAUUCCGUUUAAUAAAGCUUAGAGCAUUAACGCAUUGGCGCUGACAGUAACGUUUCCUUUCGUGAAUGCAGUAUGACGUGUUUUAUAUCCCGUCUGAAAACAGAGGAGACCUGAUGCAAACAGUAAUAUGAAUCUGACAUCUAAUAUGGGAGAUUUCAUUUAUCUUUUAAUCUAGAAGAAUGCUUAUAAAUAAUAACAACGACAACGACAACAACAGCAACAACAACAACAACAACAACAACAACAACGACAACAACAACAACGACGACGACAUAAUCUGUCAACAUCGUCUUAGAAAAGCAACAAUAUCAAAAUGCAUACCACUUUAAAUGAUACUUCUGAACGAAGAUUUGAAAUACAAUGCAAAUUGGAAUCAGAGAUAGCAGCUUUAGAAGCAUUAAAAGAAGCAGAAGAACGAAGUCGAAAACUAACAAGUGGUGUUCUUGGAAUACUUUCCUCUUUGGAACAACGUUUGGCUACUUUACGGCGUACCAUACUUCCUGUUUAUAAUGAAACUGGAAAUUUACAGUCUCAACAGCAUAAUAUAGAAAAAACACUUAGUAUAUUGGAUCAUGCUAUUGGAUAUUAUGGCGUAUGUCAAGAAGUUGAAAAGUCAAUACGUAAUGGACCUAGCAGUUCAGCUGGUUUAAGCAAUUUUCUUGAUGCUAUGAACCGUUUGUACAAUGCUCAACGAUAUUUUCAAAAGAAUAAUCCAAGUUCCGUGGAAUUGGAGAAUGUUACAAGUUUAUUUGCCAUUGGAUUAGAAGCUUUGCACACAGAAUUUCAUGAUAUUUUGACCAGACAAAGUAAACCCAUAUUACCAAUUGUUCUUUUGGAUCUCAUUGGUUCUGACGAGGAUACGAGCGGAGAAGAUGCCCCACAGUCAUUAUGUCAAUUGCCAGAAGCUGUCAUGGAUGACUUACUUAAAAUUGCUGGUUGGUUAGAAGAAAGAGGUCAACAUAAACAUGCAAAAAUUUAUGCUACUGUACGUUCUAGUAUUGUCCUUCGAUCUUUACAGUUACUUAAAGAACAUCAAAGAAGUGCAAGCGGAGGAAGCACACAUGCAGGCAGUCCAAUGCCGAAAGCCAAAUUUGCGAAUCGUCAUUCGAGUGGUACUCAAGAAACAACAGGAAGAUGGGCAUCGCGAAAAUUACAACAUGCACUUGAAAAGAAAGCAAGUAAAAUGUUAUUUAGAGCAUCACAAACUACUGGAUUUGGUCUAUCUUUAACUGCAUCAAGGAAACCACAGCCACAACUAUCUGGAUAUUCAAUAGAAGAUGUAGCACCGGAUGAACAGGAAAUGGAAAAUUAUCUUCUAUUAACCGCAGGUCUUCAUAAACUUAUGCAAGCAGAACGCUCGUUGGUUAGUAGAAUUCUCCCACCUUCUUUACAACUUCAAGUACUUGAAGCUACGGUACGCAAUGCUAUGGAUCUUGUGGCCCAUGAUGGAGAAAGUAUCGCAACAAGGGCUAAACGUUGUAUCGCAAGACGUGAUUUUUCUGCAGUUCUGGUGGUUUUUCCAAUUUUGAAACAUCUUGGAGAACUUAAGCCAGACUUAGAGAGGGCAGUAGAAGGAUGUGAUUAUGCACUUAGAUCUAAAUUUGCCUCUGUACUCAAUGCAUUGAACGGAACGGGAGCUAAAGCUUUAGAAGAUUUUGCAGAAAGUGUUAGAAAUGAAUCUAGUGCGAUUUUACCUAAAGAUGGUACCGUAGCGGAGGGUACAAGCAACGUCUUAGUUUUUCUAGAACAAUUAGCUGAAUAUGCGGACACUGCAGGAACAGUUCUUCGACGUAACACAGAUGUGGAAUCUGUUGUUCCAUCAUCUGCAAAACAAACAGAAAAUGCACAUAAAAUUGUACUUGGCAUUUACAUUAAAAAAGUUUUAGCACAAUUGAACUUAGCAUUAGUCAGCAAAAGUGACGCGUCGUACUCUGAUCCUUCAUUGCGAGCGCUUUUUCGCUUAAACAAUCAUAAUUACGUUGUAAAUGCUUUACGCCGCAGUUCUCUAAUGGAACUUUUGCUAUUAGCAGAACCAACCAUCGAACAAACUUACGUUGAUUUACUUGUCAAAGAUAAGACCAAUUAUGUCUCCACAACGCUUGUUAAGGCUCGAGGUUUUCUUGAACAUUCAUUCGAUGAGCCAGAACCUGGUUCUAAAAUACUCAAAGAGAAGUUUUUAGGAUUUACAAGGGAAUUGGAAGAACUUGCUAAGUGUCAACGCUCUUAUUCUGUACCUGAUGGACGUUUACGCGAAGAAAUACGCAAAGAACUUGAACAAGCUAUCGUUCCCUUGUACAUUGCUUUCUAUAACAAGUAUCGUGGAGUAUCUUUUUCCAAAAAUCCAGGAAAAUACAUCAAGUAUACACCAGAACAAGUUAAAUCUCUAAUAAAUACUUUCUUCGAUGUAUCGGCAUAAAAUAGGAUUACAAAGAACAUAGUUUAACAAGAAAAAUAGAAAGAUGCUUAAUAAACACCCAUUUAAUAAAGCAUAUUUAGUUACAGUA